AGGGCUUUCAUUUUUUGAUUAUUAUAUCUCGAUAUACAUAUUUUCAAUUACACUGGAGUUUACCAAAUGGAUCACAACAUCCCGGGACCCUUCCUGUUCAACAGCACCCUGAACCAGCUGAGCACAGACAGCAAGGCCCCUGUGUGCCAGUAUUCUGUGCAGAACUCCUUUUACAAACUGCACCCUUCCUCCGCGCUCCACUGCCAGCUCCAGCCGGGCACCCCGCAUGGCAUCAGCGAUAUCCUGAGCAGGCCGGUGAUGGGGGGCCCCGGCGGGACCCUCCUCUCCGGCUACUCCCACAUGGGGGGCUUCGGAACCGCCCCCGCCCCGGGGGUCUACUACAGCCGGGACUACGCGCCGUCCGUGGGGGGCUGCUCCAAACCUGGAGGCGAGUUCCCAGCCAAGGGGAGGACUGGGGGCUGCUGGAGCGAGGCUGGUUACGACUGGAGGGCAGGCAGGGAGCAGUGUGGCAACAGUAAUCCUCUGAAUGAGAGCAUCCCACAGAAGAAACACACACGCCCCACGUUCAGCGGGCACCAGAUCUUUGCGUUGGAGAAGACCUUUGAGCAGACCAAGUACCUGGCAGGGCCGGAGCGAGCCCGGCUGGCAUACUCACUGGGCAUGAGCGAGUCACAGGUCAAGGUGUGGUUCCAGAACCGACGCACCAAGUGGCGCAAGAAGAACGGCUCCGAACCGAGCUCCACGCAGCGGGCUGGGCCGGACCAGGCGGUGUCGGAGAACGAGGUGGAGGACGACGAGUACAACAAGCCCCUGGACCCCGAAGAGGAUGACGAGAAGAUCAGUCUGCUCCUGCGCAAACACCGGGGGGCCUUCUCCGUCCUGCGGCUGGGCCCCCACCACCUCUGAACCCCCUCGAGGACCACGGGGACCACUGCUGCAACCCCCAGGAUCUGAACUCCCGAGCCUGGUCGACGCAAGCUCCCUCAGCCAAUCUGGCCGGAGUUAUUUACAUCAGCCAGAGGGUUUGAAUCCCCUUCCCCUUCCUGCAGCACCACACACUGCACACAAUCUACAGCGGCUCCUAGCUUCACUGUGGGCUGAGAUCAAACGUGACUUACUUCAAACAGGAGCUGAGCUCAUAUAGAAGACCUUUAAGACUACAACCGGCUUCUUCCAAAGUACUGUACAUCGAGUCUUUUGAUUAAUUGUGAAUAUUGCAUUCACUCAGUGUGUGUGUGUGUGUAUGUAUGUAUAGCAUUUAAAACCAUGAAACUGAGAAUGUCAAAGUGAAAACCACGACAAAGACCCAUCCCGGAUAAUACGCACCCAUCCCAUCCUGGAUAAUACGCACCCAUUCCCAAUGUUCAGCCCCCAGAGUGCUGAUGAAUCACGUUACGUUGAUAUUGAAUAUCCACCAGGAUGAUCCCGGCGCUUUCACGACUUCGGAAUGAUGAGAAUAUUCAAACAGCUGAAGCAAUAAAACCGGCCGACUGAGAGCUCUCUGAUUUUAACAAUGUAACAAACUGUAGAUUGUAGGCGUAAUGGACUCUUUAACUAAGCUGCUCUAAUUAAAUUAAACAGACA